AUGGAGCACAAGAGCCUCCCCGGAGGUUUUGCAUUCAGCCUGAUUGGACACUUGAAGGAGGAUCGCUGCGACUGUGCAACUCCUUUGGGGCACCCGCCAGGUGUGGAUUUGUGCUCACCAAAUCCUUGCCAAAACCGAGCCUUGUGUCAAAGCCGCGUGGAUGGCUACGCAUGCUUCUGUGUGCCGGGCUUCCAGGGUGCUCACUGUCAGAUUGAUGUCAACGAAUGCGUCUCCCAGCCCUGCAUGAACGGAGGCACCUGUGUAGACAGAGUGGGCCGCUACUCCUGUCUAUGUGCCACUGGGUUCACUGGGGCCACUUGUGAAGUCUCGAUUGAUGAGUGUCAAUUACAGCCGUGUCUCAAUGGCGGCAGUUGCCACAGCAACACUGGUGGCUUCAUUUGCACCUGCCCGCCCAGUUUCCAAGGACACCGGUGUGAAAUCAACAUCGAUGAAUGCCACGACAAGCCGUGCCAAAAUGGGGCUCUGUGUAUAGAUGAAGAGAAUGGAUAUAGCUGCGACUGCUCACAAACAGCCUUUACUGGUAGACGUUGUGAGGGCCUGAGACAACAAUGCCACUCUCAACCCUGUUUCAACAGUGCCACCUGUAUGGAGAGUCAGGAUCAUUACACCUGUCAAUGCUUGCCAGGGUUUGAGGGUACACUAUGUGAAAUAGACAUCAAUGAGUGUGGCAGUAACCCGUGUUUGAACGGGGGCCGCUGCAUCGAGAGGUCAUGGCACGUCCUUUUUGGCAUCGAACCGCUGUUACCUGAACGCUACGACCCACGGCACGCUGCAGGCUACAUCUGCAGCUGUCCUCCAGGAACAACAGGUUCUCUCUGCCAGGAGCUCAUAGACCACUGUGAUCCCAGUCCAUGUCUGAAUGGGGGGAGGUGUGAGAACCACGAUGGGGGGUACAUGUGUCACUGCAGCAAACAGCGUAGCAAACCCCACCUUUAUGGAGGUGCAAACUGCGAUGUUCGGCUGGUGGGUUGUGACGGCCACGAGUGCCAGAACCAAGGCUCCUGCAAUCCCUUCCUGCUGGACGAAACUCACGGCUACACAUGCUCCUGCUCACCCGGAUACACCGGCCCCCUCUGCAAGACCCCCACCACCUUCUCAUUUGAACGUAGCGGCUACCUUCUGCUACAGAGCCCCUUUGUGGAUGCUGAAAUCUCUUGCAACAUCACCCUCAGCUUCAAGACCGCUCUUCCCAGGGCUAUAUUGUUCCAGCGGAGCAUUCGGGCCCUGUUGCUGAGCCUGGAGCUGCAAGGGGGGCAGCUUCACCUCACACUUAGAAGGCAAGCUGUCGCCGGGCUCCAAGUGCAGAGUCGAAUUGGGGCUUUGGAGCUGUCCCACACAGUCACCGAUGGAGAAUGGCAUAGUGUCGAGGCAGUGCUUACAAACCGGGUGCUCAGUCUGAGACUCUUGAAUGAUGCGGUGGCAAAAUGUGAGAGGCAGUUGUGCUAUAAGGUGGCUCCAGUCCCGAAUAACUUGGAUGGCCUGGUGUCGCCCCCUCAGAACACCUUCAUUGGAGGGGUGCGAAAGGACUCAAGCGAGGACUCCUCACUUCCGCCAUUCAUUGGUUGCAUGCGGGAUGUCUUGGUGGACUGGCAACUGAUUGUCCCGGAGGAGUGGCUGAGUGACUCUGCAGUGAACGUUUCUCCUGGCUGCAGCCACCGUGACCGCUGCUUAGAUGUGCCUUGCCAAAACAAUGGGCUGUGUGUCAACUUGUGGCAGAGCUAUCAGUGCCUGUGUCCAAGGCCUUACGAGGGCCAAGACUGUGAAGAGGAAUAUGUGACUGCACGCUUCGGGAGCGAAGACUCACUCAGUUUCGCUGCCUUCAACGUCACAGAUGACCUCGGUCAGGGCCUCUCAAUGUCUCUCUUCCUGCGUACACGGAGGACUGGCGGCCUCCUGCUUGCUGUGGGCAACAGCAGCAUGCAGUACCUGCGCGUGUGGCUGGAGCACGGAGUGGUCACGACUCAGCUCGGGAACGUCAAGAGCCUGAGGGGCGAGAGCGCGGUCAAUGACGGUGAAGUUCACUUUGUCAAUGUUGAGGUGGUGAAGGGGCAAAUGACGCUGCACGUGGAUGCUCACAAACAAGCUGAGGUGGAGGCCAGGGCAGAUGGGGUUCAAGCAGGAGACAUCGUCUACGUUGGAGGUCUGCUUAAAGGCGAUUCCACUGCAGCUUGGGGGGGACCUUUUAAAGGAUGCAUCCAAGACUUGCGGAUAAAUGACAGGAGGCUGCAGUUUUUUGGUUUGGACACUUCAGUGACAACGUUCCCUUUGCAACUCAUGGAGAAUGUGACCGCCGGCUGCUCUGGAGACAACAUUUGCAGCAGGAACCCUUGUCUAAACGGCGGCAUGUGUUACAACUUGUGGGACGAUUUCACCUGCACGUGCCCACCCAGCACAGGAGGGCGACACUGUGAAGAUGUCAGAUGGUGCGAAUUGUCGCCGUGCCCCGCAGACGCUGAGUGCAAGAUACUCAACCAAGGAUAUGAAUGUUACUCCAAUGCCACUUUCCUGAAUGACAGCACUGUGCUGGUCUAUCGAGGAAAUGGACACAUAUUACGCAACCUAACCAACCUCUCGGUGAACUUGCGCACUCGGAAACGCAGCGCAGCCAUCCUUCACGCCGAGAAGGGCCCUGCCUUUGUCACCCUCUCUGUCCAGGAUGGCUUCCUCUUUAUGGAGCUUCAGAGUUCCACCAGAGAUGCAGGAGUGUCGGGGGAAGACGAGCGAGGAGAGUCCACAAUCAGCCUCAACAGCAUGAGACCUGUCAGUGACGGCGAGUGGCACAAUGUCCACUUGUUUAUGACGGCACCGUGGGCUAAUAUGUCUCAGUGGACUCUGGUGCUGGAUGAUGAAGUAGAUGAAGCCGUCACCUCCAUUGGUCAAGGGGGCAAUCUGGACUUCCUCAGGAAGGGAGUAGACAUCUUCCUGGGAGGUUUGGCGCCUGACGUCGGCUGGUCACUGGCAGGGUGUCUGGGCACGGUGGAGAUGGGCGGGAUUGCGCUGCCUUACUUCAGCUCUUCUCAGGUGAACCUUCCACGCUUGCAGGAGGAGAAAUUCAUCCAGACGUCCCUCAAUCCGCCGCUGGUCGGUUGCAGCGGGGCGUCCGUAUGCACGCCCGACCCGUGCUUGAAUGGAGGGGAGUGCCAGGACUUAUUUAACUCCUACAACUGCAGCUGCGCUGAGGGCUGGGCAGGGAGGCACUGCGGCUUCUUCAUUGACACCUGCGCCUCCGGUCCUUGCCUCCACGGCAACUGCAGCAUCAAGGGGCUGAGCUACGAGUGCUCUUGCGAACUCGGAUACACAGGGGUGGACUGCGAGGAAGAGGUCGAUAUCUGUGAAAACCAUCUGUGUGCCCAUGGAGGAACCUGCUUGCAUGGACCUGACAGCUAUGCUUGUCUGUGCGCUGAAAACUUCACCGGACCUCUCUGCAACGAACGGGUUGAAGAAAUUCCUUGGUACGUUGUUGUCAGGAAUAUGCGCCCCAAGCUUCCUGUGUCUGUUUGUGGAGAUGACCUCAAAAACUACACUUGCUUCAAUGGUGGCAACUGCACUGAGCGCGAGUUGUCAUGUGAUUGCCCACCUGGCUUCGCUGGACACCGGUGCGAGCAGGAGGUGGACGAGUGCAAGUCCAACCCGUGUCUGAAUGGAGGCUACUGCCGCAACCUCAUCAACAAGUUCCUGUGCGUAUGCGACAUGAGCUACGCCGGCGACAUAUGCCAGACGGACUUGACUUCUGAAGGCGUGACCUCUGACCUGCUAUUGGCCAUCAGUCUUGUGUCUGUCGUCCUGCUGCUGGUUCUCAUCCUGACUUCGGCCGGACUGGUGGUCGCGUUGAACCGCCGAGCCACCCACGGGACCUACAGCCCCAGCCGGCAGGAGAAGGACGGAUCUCGGCUGGAGAUGUGGAGCAUCACUCAGCCUGCGCCCAUGGAGAGGCUCAUCUGAGCAGUGGAAAACAUCCGAGGAUGACCGAGGAAACGCCUGCGUCCUGGAGUGAGGCCUUCACAUUUGUAUAUGCACAUGGUGCAAAAUCGUAAGAGCUUUUUGGGGACACCGUUCAUCCAUCUUGCUGCACCUGCCACGCUAGGCGGCCUUCAUUCUCGAUAUAUUCCAGCACACGAUGGAUGGAGUUUGUGUGUCUAAUCUAUAUUUGGAGGACAGAUGGAGCAAUGCUUUCCCAACAUGUUGUACACAUUGAAUACAUGCUGCUCUCACUUUUUUGUUGUUGUUGCUCCUGAAUGGUUCUAAUCAAAGUGGUCUCAAGGAAAAAAGUUGAAAACCAGUGUUAGCAUUGUAUAACGACUCUUGUCAAGCACCUUGAGUGUCCCUUUUUUUUUAAGUCAAAAGUGCAUGCAUAGAACUGUGGCAACAUUUUAAAACACUGUUGACGUGCUGUGCUGAAAAUGCAGUAUUUUGUCUCAAAGUGGUAGUGUGUUAAAUAAACAAACAAAAAAAUGUUUUUCGGACAAUUGUUUACUGCAGAGUCUAGAGUAGCAUCUGAAUUUACAGUGAUCCGUCGCUACUUCGCGGUUCACUUUUCGCGGUUUCAGUGCAUUGCGGAUUUGUCAAAAGCAUUCAUUUAAAAAAAGAAAAGAACGCGAAAAUGGCGCAAAAGGUCCGCAAGAGGCAGCCAAAGUUGGCAAAACAGCGAGUCACAUAGAGCAACAUAUACAGUACUACAUGUUUAUUUCAUGUCUAUGUUUACUG